GGGGGCGUGGCGGCGCGGGCCUCCCGCGGCUGCCGGGGCGGUGACGGGCGUGGGCGGGUGGCAAGCAGGCCAUGCGGACGGCUGGCGACCCGGGACCCCACGACCCUGCGCUUGCAUCUCGCGCCGCGAUAGCCCGGAGCCCGCGGGCCUAGCGGCGGCCUUUGUUCCCUACGUCGCCGUCUGCCGAGCUCCGGCCGGCGCGGAUGCAGCUGCUCCGCCUGGGCUCGCGCUCGGGGCUGGAGGAGGAGCGGAGGCUCCGGGCGGCAUGCGAUGGGGAACUGCUGCUGGACGCAAUGCUUCGGGCUGCUCCGCCGGGAAGCGGGUCGGCUGCAGCGAGCGGGUGGAGGAUCAAAGUAUUUUAGAACAUGUCCAAGAGGAGAACACUUGACCAUAGAGUUUGAGAAUCUUGUAGAGAGUGAUGAGGGGGAGAGCCCAGGAAGCAGCCAUAGGCCACUUACUGAGGAAGAAAUUGUUGACUUACAAGAGAGGCAUUAUGAUUCGAUCGCUGAAAAGCAGAAAGAUGUGGAUAGGAAGAUCCAGAGGGAGUUAGCCUUACAAGAGGAGAAGUUAAGACUAGAAGAAGAAGCUUUAUACGCUGCCCAGCGUGAAGCAGCCAGGGCAGCAAGGCAGCGAAAGCUCCUGGAGCAGGAAAAGCAGAGAGCUGCUCAGCGCUAUCAUUGCAGCAGUGGAGACUGUCUCAGUACAGGACCAGAAGAUGACUUUGAAUCCUCCUUAAGAAAUAUGAAGUCACAGUACGAAGUUUUUCGGAGUAGUAGACUCUCAUCUGAUGCCACAGUGUUGACACCAAACACUGAAAGCAGCUGUGACCUAAUGACCAAAACCAAAUCAACCAGUGGGAAUGACGACAGCACCUCCUUAGACCUGGAGUGGGAAGAUGAAGAAGGUAUGAAUAGGAUGCUGCCCAUGAGAGAGCGCUCCAAGACAGAGGAAGACAUCCUGCGGGCAGCGCUGAAGUGCAGCAGCAAGAAGGGCAGCAACCCCACAUCCACCUCUGACGACUCCAACGGGCUGGAGUGGGAGAACGACUUUGUCAGUGCCGAGAUGGACGACAAUGGCAACUCUGAGUACUCCGGGUUUGUGAACCCUGUGUUAGAACUGUCGGAUUCUGCCACCAAGCAGUCUGAUACAGAUCAGCAGAUCCGAUAGGAUGGGACUGUGUCACCUUACUUACCAUGUUCAAAAUCAGCUAGAAUGUACAGGUGGCAUGCCAAGGCUUUUUGUUAAGGCAGCAAAAAAAAGCCCUGUGUCAAAUGAUUGUUUCCCUUGAAGGAGCAGGAAUGGAGGGACAGCUGAGUGCUUCAGUCAGGUGUGAUCUUAACAUCUGCCUUCUGCGUCCCAGGACUGCCUCCGUGAUUCUGACAUAUCAAACACUCAUGCCUUUCUGUUCACCCUGGUCAAGUUCUGCAUCUUAAGUCUGUAUUAGUUUUACUCUGAUUACUUUACUAAGCCUUAUUAUCUUAUUAUAGAACUAAAUCUAAAAGAAUUUUGUGUUAAUUCUCAGCAUAUGUACAGGCAGCAUGAGGAGGGAUGGGUGGAUUUCCUGGGAAGGCAGACCCCUGCCCUGCAGCGCUUCCUUUGGUUACUUUUACUUUUCUUGUCUAGUAGGCAGCAGUAAUUGGAGAUGACCCAAACAUGCUGAUGUGUGGGCCUCCUUACACAUACACAUACACACACACACACACACACACACACACACACACACACACACACACGUAUCCUAAGUCCUGCUUCACUCACUCUAAGUAAGAGAUGACAGGAUUAAAGAUGCUUCCAGAGUUUAGACACUUUGAAUUGGUAAUAAUUAAAACUAAUACAUAAAAAUAGAUAUUUAAAAUUUUUACUUCCUUUUACAUGCCAUUAUGUUGGCUUUAAAUUGAGAUUUUAAGUUUUCACUUUCAUUUUUUAAAAAUUCUAUAUUUCCAAUGAGUGAUCUUUGAAAGAUUUUUACACAGAACAUAUUCUGUGAAUGAUUGAAAAACAUUAAAAUACGGGUAUUUCAAAGUACAUACAAUCCUUUCUGCUGUGAAAGGUCCCAUUGAUUGUAUUGCCCUUUCCUUUGCCUUGUAGUACAAGGUACUUCGUGGGAUGAAAUUAAUAUGUCGGCUAUUGACGACCCGUGUCUGAAUCUUAGAGAAGGCCAGGUCUGGGAAAUGUGUCCUAACUGCAUUCCUUGGUUUGGCUGAGACUGAGUGUCACUUUGGCAAGCACACUGUAUUCUGUCUCCCUUGCUGGUCUCUCUUCAGCAGCGAUGGUGCAUGCUUUCAACAGUACAGGACGGUCCAGGUAGGAAUGGUACAGUUCCUGCUGUACAUGAAAACUUACGUGGCCCUUUCGAUAUUUGAACUGCUAUACAAUGACAUCUGUAAUUUUGUCAUUUUUAAAUCUCAUACAAAUAAAUAUACUUUGAUAUGUAAAUAUGCAUUAGGUUAUGCUAUUAUUUAUAUCUAUCUUAAAAUUUAAAUUGUAGGUGUGUCAUGGAAAUAAUUUAAAGGUACUCUAUAUUCACAUUGCCUGUGUUAAUGCUUUUUAAGGUUUAUAUUCCAUCAGAUGUAUAUUUUUGGUUUGGCAUAAGCUACUGUUGUAAUUUUCCUGGCUUUUUGUUCAUAAAGAAUUUUCUGAAGGAAUGGUAACCUCAAGGAUUGUGAAUAAACAUUUUUACAUUUAAUGA